AGUCCUCCUCGCCUGUGAUUUGUCCUUCGGUUCGCCAGCCAGCCUUGAACACCACCUCUCGGCAAGACGAUUCCGCUGUCACUCCCUUUCCCAAACAGCAAAAGAUCGACAGUACCAUCGACGAUACUGUCUCCUCGCCGACCCGUACUACGAUUCUAGCCAGUAGCUAGCCUUGCUCAAGCGAAGAUCUGAGCAGUGGUUCAGAAAAGUUUCUUGGACUCUUCUCGUCUUCAAUAACAACUCACAAAAUGGUCGACUUCGUCCCCUACUCGUCAAAUAUGCACAACGACUUCGAGCUCUACUCGAACAAUCAGGAGCAGCACAUGGACUACCCCAUCACAAACCAGCCAUUCCUGCCUACUUCAACAUAUAGCAUGGAACAGUCCUUCAAUGCGACAUUCGACCCCAUGAUGCACCUCACAGAAGGCCAAAGACCUCAUGAUCUUCAGUACCACUAUGAUGCGAUUGCUCAAGGGGUCAAGCCUAUCCAAUAUCAAACACCCGCAGGCUCUCCUCACUCAACAACGCACUCAUUCCACGAGCAGCCUCCUGUUCUCUCAGCAUCGUCCGAGUCUGGUGCUUCAGUGUCAUCUUCCGCUCUAGGCUCACCAACACACUACACCGAUUCUUGGAACUCAAUAGGGCUCGGACUCACUUCCAGCUUUGAGUACCCAGGAAUGACUGCGAGCGACAAGAACUUUGUGGAUCCCAACGUAAUUCAGCCCUUCGCUUUCGCGCCCCAAAGCCCCUUCCACGACAUGCAGGCAAUGCCUUCGCCAUACUUCCCAGUCAUUGAGCACCCGCCAUCACCUGCGCUGUCUCACAUCUCAUCGCAGAGCCUGCAACCUGGCUCGGCACGGAUAAAGCAGGGCAGUGCGAGUCCAUAUCUCCGAACACAACAAUAUCACCCCUACCAACGCUUCAAUGGCCAACGGCGGGGCUCGGUCACAUCUAUCCACUCACAACACUCUGGCAGUAGCCGCAAGAGCCGCAGUAGCUUUGAAGUGGACGAUGAGCCGAGGGAGAAGGGCCUCUGCCCACUGCCGGAGUGUGGCCGUGUCUUCAAGGAUCUGAAGGCACACAUGCUCACACAUAAGAGCGAGAGGCCCGAGAAGUGCCCCAUUGCUACGUGCGAAUACUACGUCAAGGGUUUCGCGCGGAAGUAUGACAAGAACCGGCACACACUGACACACUACAAAGGCACCAUGGUGUGCGGGUUCUGUCCCGGGAGCGGCUCCGCAGCUGAGAAGAGCUUCAACCGCGCUGAUGUCUUCAAGAGGCAUUUGACGUCUGUCCACGGUGUGGAGCAAAACCCACCCAACAGCCGAAAGAGGAGCCCUGGUGGUCGCAAGCCAUACACUGGCAACGCCGACGUCGCUGGAACGUGUUCGACGUGCUCAGUCACCUUCGCCAACGCACAGGAGUUCUACGAACACUUGGACGACUGCGUCCUUCGCGUCGUUCAACAAGCCGAUCCCAGCGAGGCCAUCAACCAGCGCCUCCUGACCUCUGUCGCCGAAGACAGAGCCGUCACCGAGACACUGGACCGCAACGGCUUAAGCAAGAGCAUCGAGUACACCGUCCCGUCGUACAACGAAAACGACGACGACGACGUCAUCUCCGAAGAAGAAUUCGACAACGACGACCACAACGACGACACCUAUGGCUCGCGACGCAACCGCUCGGGCAAAGGUAGCACUCAAAUCCAGCAAACAACAUUGACAACUAACCGGUGCCUCUGCCGGCACCACGCCCAAUAAUAACAACAACAAAAUCAGCAAGAAACCCGUCCCACGCUUCACCUUCUCCAAAGGCGGCGUCUCGCUCUCCACCUCUGGGCGCAAGAAGCGCAAAAACUACCCGCUCAGCUGGGGCUGCGCAACCGACAAGAUGAAGAUGAAGAAGCGCGUGCUGUGCGUCUACGACGGCCCCAGGCGGCUGUGGAAGGACGACCUCAUGCUCGACAGCGCGUUUGAAGUGCGCAUGAAGCUUCCGGACGGCAAGAGCUGGGUCACGGACUUGGAUGUGCAGACGCUCAAGCGGGCGGAUGGGGUGUUUGGCGCGACGGAGGAGGAGAGGGGCCCGUGGGUGCCGGGGAUGGCGCUUGGGGGGAGGCAGUAUGCGGUUGAGGCGGUUGAGGCGGGGUUGUUGUAGGGAGGGAAGUACAUUGAGAUGGGAUCACGAUUAUUUGUUGUACUAUCAUGACUUGGGUUUGAGAGAGGGAUGGGACGGGAUAUCCUGGGAUAAAGGGAUGGGCGUUUGGGACCGAUACCACUUCUUUUUUUUUCUCGAUAUGAUGGGAUGGGAUGAUGAGUCUAAUGUCUGAUCGUGCUGGCGCGGAAUGAUACAAUUUUGUCACAA